UGUUUAUCUUUUUUAAGGGGAACAGUCACUGUGUUGUUACAUACUACUACAUAUAUAGUUAUGGAGUUGAGCCUUUAGUUAUUACACAAUACACAUACAGAAAAAUGCCAGUGUUACAGAACAGUAAUUAUUACUGUGUUAAUAAAAAUGUUCUUAGUUACCAGAGAAAUUACAGCAUUACGACAGGUUUAUUGAUUUUAUGAUGCUAGCAUUCAAAUCGAAGGUCUCAAAACGUCUUGAACACAAACUUCAUAUCCUACAGUGUGCUGUGUUAAUCAGCACCAAAGCACCAUGAAUUGCAUACUGGGACUUUCUGUAACAGUAGGAUCAAAGGUGAAGUAGAAAUGUACAUGAUACAGCCUACAGUUCUGUAUAACCAUUAGCAUAGCAAACAUGAACACCUUUCUCACAGAGCCUAAAGCUGAGGACCGGUGGUCCUGGAUCUGAUGUUGAUUAUUGUAGAUUCAGUUGUCUGUGUUACUGUAUGUGGGAUUAGGGAGCACCAUACAUACAGCACAGAUAAUCUAUGGGGUUACUCAUUUAUCCAUUCCUUUGUGCUGUCCAGAGUUUCACAGGCCAUCUAGGAAGUCAUAAAAGUUCAACUUUGAGUUGUUUAUGAUGUGAUGGAUUGUGGAAGGGUGGCUCUUUUGGUCUCUUAAGGCAAUGAGGUGUAGUGUUAGUGAUCAAGGAGUUAAGCUCUCCCCUGCAAAGUAGAUAUCUUUUCUUUAUCUAAACCUCACCCUGGAGAUUCUGCAUCCUGGAUCAGGAUAGACAACGACAGUAAAACAGAAUAGGCGUGUGUAUCAAGAGGCAGAGCUCGGUCGAUCGUGACUGGCUGGGAAUACUGGAGAGAUACAAAGGUUGGCUUGGAUUUAAGUCAAGUUUACCAGUAAGUAAACCCUCUGGAUUUGAACUGGUGGAGUUUUUCACUGGUCUUAGGAAUCAUGUACAGCUUGGUGUGGCAUGUCCAAGGACAAAGUUCCAAUCUGAAUGACCAACUGGGGGGGAGGAAGAGAAGGACGGUGGUGUCCUCCCUCACAGAGGAUGAAGAGCUGACGGAAGUCCCCAAGUCAUACAGCAGCAACAAGGUGAACACCACCAAGUACUCCUUCCUCUCAUUUGUCCCCAAGAACCUGUUUGAACAACUCCAUCGCUUCGCAAAUGUCUAUUUCCUCUUCCUGGCAGCUCUGAACUUUAUCCCAGUGGUCAAUCCCUUUCAUCGCAUUAUUCCCAUUCUCCUGGUGCUGUCAGUGACAGCCGUGAAGGAUCUCUGGGAAGACUAUAGAAGAGACAAAUCAGACAAGAUCGCCAACGGACGCAUCUGUGAGGUUUACAGCAAGAAACAGCAGACUUAUGUGGACCAGCGUUGGCAGGACGUCCGCGUGGGGGACUUUGUCCGUCUGUCCUGUAACGAGAUCAUCCCUGCAGACAUGCUGCUGCUGUACUCCUCUGACCUCCACGGCGUCUGCUACAUCGAGACGGCCAACCUGGACGGGGAGACCAACCUCAAACAGAGACAGGUGGUCAGAGACCUGCCACAGGGUUCCGAGUUGACUCCAGAGAACUUCCACAGUCGCAUUGAAUGCGAGAACCCCAACAACGACCUCAGCCGGUUUCGAGGUUACAUGGAGCACCCCAGUAAUGCUCGUGUGGGCUUACACAACGACAACCUCCUCCUGAGAAGCUGCACCAUCCGCAACACAGAGACCAUCAUAGGCAUCGUGGUCUAUGCAGGUCACGAGACCAAAGCCAUGAAGAACAACAGUGGGCCGCGGUAUAAACGCAGUAAACUGGAGCGCAGGAUGAACAUGGACAUACUGUGGAGUGUUGUCCUGCUGGUCAUCAUGUGUCUGACCGCAGCUAUAGGCCAUGGUCUCUGGCUCAGGAACCUGGAAGAGGCUUCCUUUCUGAUCCCUGACACCACAUCUCCUGCCCUGGCUGGCUUCUACCUGUUCUGGACCAUGAUCAUAGUACUACAGGUGCUCAUCCCUGUCUCCCUGUACGUGUCCAUCGAGAUUGUCAAACUGGGUCAAAUCUUCUUCAUCCAGAACGACGUGGACUUCUACAAUGAGUACCUGGACUCCAGGAUCCAGUGUCGAGCCCUGAACAUCACAGAGGACCUGGGUCAGAUCCAGUAUGUGUUCUCAGACAAGACUGGCACACUGACGGAGAACAAGAUGGUGUUCCGGCGUUGCACCAUUGCUGGGGUGGAGUACCCCCACGAGGAAAAUGCGCGAAGGCUUGAAGUGUACAAGCAGGAGGAGGACGAGGCGAUGGGCCGCUCACACACGCUCAAGUCACGGGCCAGCGCCAAGUCCCUGAGCUGCAAGUCGCUCAGCUGCAACCGCAGCUCCGUGUCCCUGCACACACUGACAGGCCACUCAGAAGGGGAGGGGGAGGAGACCCCCAGCCCAUCCCUGCCCCGACAGAGCGCCUUCAGUAGCCCUAUGGAGAAGGAUGUAGUCCCAGACCCUUUCCUGGUGCAGAAGCUGAACUGUCUGUCCUCCCCGCUCUUCCUUUUGGCGGACGCCAGUAUGGAGCUCACCUACAUCGUGGACUUCUUCAUGGCUCUGGCCAUCUGCAACACGGUGGUGGUGUCCUCACCCAACCAACCCCGCCAUGUGGUCCAGGUGCCUGAGGUCUCCCGUACCCCCCUUAAAUCCCUGGAGGACAUCAAGAUGCUGUUCCAGCGUUUCAGCCUCCCCCGCUUCUCCACACUCUCUCCUCCACACACUACAGAGAAUACUCGCAGCUUCACCGACAGGCUCUUCGCCAGGGGCAAGCCAGCCUCCUUCACCCCCAGCCCUUCCCCUAUCCCCACCAAGAGGGGUACAGAUCCAGACGGGGAGCCUAACUUUGAGGCCUCCGUCCUGAUUAUCAAACCAGGGCUUGCUGGACCCCCUGGAGAGGAUGGGGAUGAAAAGGGAGAACAUGGCUCUUGGAAAGGCGAAGAGGGCAAGAUUGUACAACUCAACCCAGGGGCCUGGAGCGGGCUGGAGAACUCUAACGGAGCCCAAGACCCUCCCGGUGAACUUGGGGCAGACGAACUGAUCUAUGAGGCGGAGAGCCCAGACGAGGCGGCUCUGGUCCACGCGGCAAGGGCCUACCACUGCACCCUGCGGGGACACUCGCUGGAGUGCCUUCUGGUGGAGCUGCCGGGGAUGGGCAGCCUGGCCGUGCGCCUGCUCCACAUCCUGCCAUUCGACUCCAGCCGCAAGAGGAUGUCAGUGGUGGUCCGCCACCCACUCACCAAGCAGGUGGUGGUCUACACCAAGGGCGCAGACUCCGUCAUCAUGGACCUGGCAGAGUUACCUAAAGGUGCUGAGCAGUCAGAGAGCAGGCAGGGUCACAUCAGAGAACAAACCCAGAAACACCUAGACAACUACGCCAGGGAAGGCCUUCGCACCCUCUGCAUCGCUAAACGGGUUUUGGAGGAGGAGGAGUAUGAGGUUUGGUUGAAGCGUCAUGCGUUUGCGGAGACCAGUAUAGAGAACAGAGAGGAGCUUCUACUGGAGUCUGCACAAAGACUGGAGACCAACCUGACUCUACUGGGGGCAACAGGGAUAGUGGAUAGACUCCAGGAAGAGGUCCCAGAGACCAUCGAGGCACUACAGAGAGCAGGGGUCAAAGUAUGGGUCCUCACUGGGGACAAACAAGAGACUGCCAUAAACAUUGCCUGUGCCUGCAAACUACUCAGGUCCACAGACCACCUGCUGACUGCUAAUUGUGGUAGCAAGGAGGCGUGCAAGGCCUUGUUGUUGGAGCUGCGGGCGGAGAUGGAGUGCGGAGAGGCAGCUGAGGGUACGUCGGGCUUCACCCUGGUUGUAGACGGGCGUACGCUGGAGUUUGCCCUGCAGGAGGACCUGAAAGGGGACUUCCUGGAGCUGAGCCGGUGCUGCAGGGCCGUGAUCUGCUGCCGCUCCACCCCCCUGCAGAAGAGCCAGGUGGUACGGCUGGUACAGGACCAGCUCCAAGUCAUGACCCUCGCCAUAGGUGAUGGAGCCAAUGAUGUCAGUAUGAUCCAGGUAGCAGAUGUUGGCAUUGGGAUAUCUGGCCAGGAGGGCAUGCAGGCUGUGAUGUCCAGUGACUUUGCCAUCUCCAGGUUUAAACACCUCCGCAAGCUGCUGUUGGUCCAUGGACACUGGUGCUACACACGCCUGGCAAACAUGAUUCUCUACUUCUUCUACAAGAAUGUGAUGUAUGUUAACCUGCUGUUCUGGUACCAGUUCUUCUGUGGAUUCUCGGGGAGUGUUAUGACCAACUCCUGGGUGCUCAUCUUCUUCAACCUCCUCUUCACCUCUGUCCCUCCCAUUCUCUACGGGAUCCUGGACAAAGACGUGUCUGCAGACACCCUCAUUAAGUUACCGGAGCUCUACAAAUCUGGACAGAAUUCCAAGGCCUACCUCACUUCUACCUUCUGGCUGACAAUGCUGGACGCUAUUUACCAAAGCCUUGUCUGUUUCUUUGUUCCUUACUUUGCAUACGCAGGGUCGGAUGCAGACAUGCUCUCCUUUGGUUCUCCCAUCAAUGCCUCGUCCCUCCUCAUUAUCCUACUGCACCAGGUCAUCGAGAGCCGCACACUGACAUGGCUACAUGCAUUAUUGCUGAUGGGUAGUGCUCUCUUCUACUUCUCUUUCACCCUGGUCUUCAGUGUGGUGUGUGUGACGUGUAGCCCCCCCACCAAUCCCCUUGGUGUGGACAAGUUACAGAUGUCCCAGCCACUCUUCUACGGAGUGUGUGCCCUCACCACCAUGCUGGCACUGCUACCAAGAUUCCUGUUCCAGGCCCUGCACAACAGCAUUUGCCCCUCUGACACAGUGAAGGCUGCUCUGAUGGACCAGCUCAAUCCAGAUGACUAUUGUAAAAGGAUGCAGCGCUGGAACCAGACCCAGGCCCAGAGUAAAACCAGAAGUCUCGUCAUCAACGUGGAAGACUCAGACAUCAAGGUCCCUGACCCUGACUUCAGACUCCCUUCAGAGCUGAAGGAAGGCAGUGCUACCACUGGCUCUUUGCUCUCCUGACCUCACAGAGGCUACAGGGGGUGGCUACCACAGGAGGCUGCUGAGGGGAGGACGGCUCAUAAUAAUGUCUGGAAUGGAGUGAAUGGAAUGGGAUCAACCACUGGGAAAACAUGUUUGAUAUGUUCCAUACCAUGCAUUAAAUAGGUUUCAGCCAUUACUUUGAGCCUGUCUUACCCAAUUAAGGUACCACCGGCCACCUGUGGUGGCUACAGGGGGAGGCUGCAGGGUUCAACCCUAACACCCUUCAAAACUAGCUGUCUUGCAUGGGUUGCUCACUGAUGAUGAUGGUUAAGAACACCAUGCUGUCUAUCCAUGGGAAAGAGAUGGAUAUGUUUCUCACAUGUGCCUAGAGUUGCAUUAUCAUGGAGUCAUGGAUGUAUAGCCUCUCCUGGUAUUUGAGAAAAGAUUGGUGAUAUGGACUUUUUGUAUUUUUUCUUAUGUAACCUUUAAUUAACUAGGCAAGUCAGUUAAGAACAAAUUCUUAUUUACAAUGACGGCCUACAGGUGAAUAUACUGAAUCCACACAAGUGCGUCGAGGGUAAAGACACAUUAGACAUGCAUAAAUGUGUCUCUGCAGUACGCUAGUACUUUGACACAAUCAGGUGUGAGGCAUAGUGCACUACAUCCGAACAUUCCGCUAGGCGUGGUCCAUUCUGGUCCUCUUCAGAGUGCUCUGAGCAUGUAGGGAACAGAAUGCUAGUAGUUAUCAUAGGCUUAGUCCCCAGUAGCUAGCUACUCUCAGAAGAAUGCUUAUUGGUUGAUUUAGCGACUGUUUAACUCCUCAUCCUGUCACCAAGUUAUGAAUAGGAGCUGUGAAACAAUUGUUAUGUGACGUGAAGGGUGACAAGUUUCUUUUAUUGUCAUUCUCUUUUUUCAUGAAAACAUGUGUACUGCACUACACUGGUUACAUUCCUCUACUAAAUCAUGUUACGCAAUCCCAGGUAACGUGAAAGAAUAUUUGAAUGUUCUUUUUUCUGUCAUUUACACUGCUUGGUUGAGAAUUGGUGAAACGAUAUGCUGGAGUGCGUGCAAUGUUUGGAAUGUGUUUACAAUCCUUGAGCUGCGUACACUUCUUUGUAAAGUUAGCA